AUGGGGGACGACGACACCUUCAGCGGCCUGAGGGUCAGCGCCCCCAACGGCGUCAAGGUCUAUCAGGUCACCGGGGGCAAGCAGGUCCCCAAGUGGCUCUCCGAGACCAACAAGCGCAAGCUCCGGAAGGAUGCGGACUACCAGCGCCGCAUCGAGCUGGUGCAGGACCUCGAGUUCUCCACCGCGUCGUCGCGGGUGCGACUGUCGGGGGACGGGAACUUCCUCGCCGUGACGGGGAUUCACCCGCCGCAGGUCAAGGUGUACGACCUGUCCCAGCUGUCCAUGAAGUUCGAGCGGCACCUCGACGCCGAGGUUGUCGACUUUGACAUCCUCAGCGACGACUACUCCAAGAUGGCCUUCCUGUGCGCCGACCGCAGCGUCGUGUUCCACGCCAAGUUCGGCAACUACUACAAGACCAGGUUCCCGCGACAGGGCCGCGCCAUCGCGUACGCGGAGCACACCGGCGACCUCGUCGUCGUCGGCUCCACCCACGAGGUGUACCGCCUCAACCUGGAGCAAGGCCGGUUUUUAUCUCCCCUCGAGACGGACGCCACCGGGAUCAACUGCGCUCGCGUGUCUCAAACCCACGGCCUGUUGGCGUGCGGCACCGAGAACGGCACCGUGGAAUGCUUCGACCUGCGUUCGCGCGCGCGGCUCGGCGGUGGGCUGAGGGUGUGCGCGGGCGGGGCGGAGGGUUCCGGCGACGGCGUCACGUCGGUUCGUUUCGAGCCGAGCGGGAUGCGAUUGGCGACGGGCGACUCCGAAGGUAAGGUGCGCCUGUACGACCUACGCUCGUCCCGGCCGCUGUUCACGAAGGAUCACAUGAACGGCUUCAAGAUGGUGGACGCGCGGUGGCACGUCGCGAACGACGGGCACAGACGCAUCAUCAGCGCGGACACGCGGGUGGUGCGAGUGUGGGAGCCCGACACGGGGAAGGCGUACACUAGCAUCGAGCCCGGGGAUGAGAUCAACGACGUGUGCGUCUGGGACGGCACGGGUUUGAUCGUGACCGCGAUGGAGACCAAACGUCUGGGGGUGCACUUCGCGCCCUCGCUCGGCGCGGCUCCGAGUUGGUGCUCCUUCCUCGAGAACAUCACGGAGGAGAUGGAGGAGGAGGCGGCGCCCUCGAUUUACGACGACUACAAGUUUGUCACCCGAGAGGAGCUCACGCGUCUCGGGAUGGAUAACCUCAUCGGCACCAACAUGCUGCGCGCGUACAUGCACGGGUUCUUCGUCGACAACCGGCUGUACGGCAAGGCGAAGGCCAUCGCCGAGCCCUUCUCCUACGAGGAGUACAAGCAGAAGAAGGUGGAUGAGAAACUCGCGCAGGAGCUGGCGACCCGCAUCGUGGUCAAGCGCAAGGCUCCCAAGGUGAACGCGGCGUUGGUUGCGAGGUUGGAGAAGGGGGAGACGUCCGCGGACAGGAAACGAAAGGGGCGAAAGAAGGGGCCAGGCGCGGACACCCACGAGGACACCGACGACGAGGACGAGGGCGCGGGCGCCAUCCUCAAGGACGACCGCUUUGCGCGAAUGUUCGAGGACGCCGACUUUGAGGUUGACGAGGACGACGACGCGUACAGGGUGUUGCACCCAAACGCGCCCAAGCUGUCCAAGCGGGAGCGCGAGGAGAUGCUGGAGGAGCACUUCGACCUAGACGACGAGGACGACGAGGACGACGACGAGGGCGCCGUCGCGGAGGACAGUCCGGGGGAACUCGACGACGACGACGACGACGACGACGACGACGAGGACGAGCCCGAGCGCGAGCGCGAGCCCGGGCCCCGCGCGCGAAAGUCCGGGUCGGACGGGGUCAAGAUGUACACCGUCAAGGACGAGAGACACGCGGCGGCGUUCAGGGAAGGGAGGCGCGCGCCCCCGAGCGACCUACCCCUCGCCCGGCGCGUGGCGCUCGAGGGCGGCGACGGCUCGGGGCGAAGGACCCGGACGGGCGGGAACAAGGAGCUCGUGUUCGACCCGUCGUCGCGGUCGCAGAGGGAUCGCUCGAAGACGCGGGAGCGGGAGUUGAGGGACGGCGCGGGGGGCGCCGCUGAGGACGCGUGGGUGCAGGGCGGCGGCGCGGAUAAGAAGAAGCAGAAGAAGCGCGGCAUGGGCGGGCUCCUGCCCAAUCAGCGAGGCGGCCGGGGGGGACGCGGCGGGGGUCGGGGUCGGAGGUAG